AUGGCAAACAUCACCAAGCUUGAGUUCGCUGCUCUAGACAUUUUCGGAAGAAAUUAUCUAACUUGGAUCCUUGAUGCUGAGAUCCAUUUGAAUGCCAUGAACCUCGGAAAUACCAUUAAGGAUGGUAAUGAGGAAAGUGAACAAGAUAAGGCGAAAUCAAUGAUUUUUAUUCGCCAUCAUCUCCAUGAGGGCUUAAAAUCCGAGUAUCUUGGGGUAAAGGACUCUGCUACUCUAUGGAAUAAUUUAAAUGAAAGAUAUGAUCACCAGAAGAGUGUGAUACUUCCUAAAGCUCGAUAUGAAUGGAUGCACUUGCGUUUGCAAGAUUUUAAAUCAGUAAAUGAGUAUAAUUCCGCCAUGUUUAAAAUUGUUGCUCGAUUGAGAUUAUGCGGAGACGAUGUCACAGAACAUGACAUGUUAGAAAAGACAUUUACCAUUGUUCAUGCCUCUAAUAUGCUCCUGCAACAACAAUAUCGUGAAAGAACUAUAAUCGUGGUCGAGGUCGUGGCUGCAGGCGUGGGUAUUGUCGUGGUUAUGGUCGACAUCUAG